AUGGACCUCGCACAACGACCACCAUACGAUACGAUCGACUUCAAGGCACUUACAAAGAAAGAUGCCGACUUCAAGCUAGUAUGGCAGAAAUGCUUAGGAAAACUAGACUUCCAGGAUCCAGCCACCGUCAAAGCACUCUCCAAAGCCAUACUCAAAGCAGACUUUGGCCUGCAACUCGAAGUGCCAGACGAUCGAUUGUGCCCUCCCAUACCUAACCGCUGGAAUUAUGUGACCUGGAUCCAUGGCCUCAUUGAUUCGACGUCGCCUGACUUUUCCUACGGAUAUGACCCAGAACGCAAGAUCACAGGUCUAGACAUCGGCACUGGAGCAUCUGCCAUCUACGCCAUGCUCUCUCUAAAAUCACGCCCAGACUGGCGAAUGUGCGCCACAGACAUCGACAAAAAGAGCUUCGAAUCCGCAGCGCGCAACCUCGCCCUGAACAAUCUCAUGACCCGCACUACCCUCCUGCAAACCACCGAGCUGAAUCCUCUGAUCCCUUUAGCUGGCCUCGGCGUCCAAACCCUCGACUUCACCAUGUGCAACCCCCCCUUCUUCACUAACCUCGACGACAUGUCCGCCAGUCUCAAAGGCGAAGGCAAGAGCUGGAAACCCAACGCAGUAUGCACCGGCGCCGAAGUCGAAAUGGUCUGUCCAGACGGCGAUCUCGGCUUCGUCACCAAGAUCGUCAACGAGAGCUUAGUCCUGCGAGAAAAAGUGCGUUGGUACACCAGCAUGCUCGGCAAACUGACAAGCGCGAAAGCCAUCAUCACCCUGCUCAAGAAAAACGACGUCACGAAUUGGGCAGUCGGUGUCAUUGAUACGGGGUCGAGCACGAAGCGCUGGAUCGUGGCGUGGAGCUUUGGGGAUUUGAGGCCGAAGAAUGUAUGUCAUGCAAAGAUGUUGAUGGAAGCAAACGAAUUCCUUCCCUUCCCCACUUCCUACACAAUCCCCAUCCCACCCCUCACAUCCCCCGCCACCGCCAAAGACACGAUCAACAUGCACCUCUCCUCGCUGGACCUGAAAUGGACCUGGGACGAAGACAAGUCCAGCGGCGUCGGCGAAGCGAGCCAGAAUGUCUGGAGUCGCGCUUAUCGUCGCAAGUAUGAGCGGAGCAUGAAAGACGGUGUUGUUGAUAUGCCGGACGGUGAGCGCGGAGUUGAGUUGGCGUUCAGGAUUCGGGUCAUUGGGCUGGCGAGGGAGAUUGAGGUGCUGUGGUUGAGGGGGCGGGAUAGGGUGCUUUGGGAGAGCUUUUGCGGAAUGGUGCAUGGGAAAUUUAAAAAGGAGGGUAGUUGA